AACGGUGAGGACGGUCAGGGAGGCCCAAGACAAUGGCCGGUGCCAUCUGGCCUUCAUUUCAAAGAUGAGCAGCUCCAGGAGAGAGUCCUGCCCUCCCCUGGCUAUUCCUGAGCUCUUCCCCUUCCUCUCCUGACCCUGGUUCAUCCUUAGUGGGUGUCCAGGCUCCUGACCACACCUGAGGGGGAGCCCCUUCCAUCUCCUGGAAUCCUUAGCGGUGAUGCCCGCCUGAGUGGCCUGCAAUCUCAUUAGUGUGCGUCAGAGGUGGUCUUAAUCAGCUUGCCCCGCAUGGGGAUAAAUGCCCUGCCAGCACCCUGCUGAGGGAGGCUGUGCCGCUCACACCCGUGGCCCCAAGACCUGCCUCUGCUGCGCCCAGAGUGAGGGAGUCCAAAGCCAAAGGUCACCACAGCGUCUCCACCAGCUUGGCCAUGAACCUGGAGCCACCCAAGGCCGAGGUCCGGUCAGCCACCAGGGUGACGGGGGGGCCCGUCACUCCCAGGAAAGGGCCCCCCAAAUUUAAGCAGCGGCAAACCAGGCAAUUCAAGAGCAAGCCUCCCAAGAAAGGCAUCCAAGGGUUUGGGGACGACAUUCCAGGAAUGGAAGGCCUGGGAACAGACAUCACGGUCAUCUGCCCGUGGGAGGCCUUCAACCACCUGGAGCUGCAUGAGCUGGCUCAGUACGGCAUCAUCUAGCCUGGACCCGAGCCCAGGGUGCCAGGGCAGUCUCCACCGCUGCCCACUGAAACCCCUGCUCAGGAUUCCUUUGAGGAGGCCCACCCUCCGAGGGUGUUCAGACUGCCCAGCUCAUGUCUGGAGACCCUCCCAGGGCAGUUGCUCAGGCCCCCAGAUGCACUUAACAGGAGCCCACCACCUCCCUGCAAGAUACCCUCUCAGGCCAGUCAGGCCCUGCUUAACCUCUGGAGACCCUGGCCCAGACCCUCUCCUCUCGUGACUAGAAAGCCGGGGCAGGGCCUCCCAGGAGUCCCCCACACCCCGGUUCCCCGGCCUUAGGGGGUCCUGAAGGCACCAGCAAGGAAGUCAGACCUCUCAGAACUCAUCACGCCUGCAGGAAGCUCAUCCUUGACAACCUAGCUCACGCUUGCCGUCUCUGUUUUAAAAUAAAAUUAGUGUGUCUCUGCCUGCUCA